GGAAGAAGGGUCCAAGAGAGGCAAGCAUUUGUUAUACAUUUCCAAUAAAGAAAGUGUUGGAGAGAGAGAGGAGUCGCCGGAGGAAGAAUGACGGCCGGCGGAUCAUCGGGGCGGUUGCCGACGUGGAAGGAGAGAGAGAACAACAAGAGGAGAGAGAGGAAGAGGAGAGCCAUAGCCGCCAAGAUAUACGCAGGCCUCAGAGCUCAGGGAAACUUCAAGCUCCCCAAACACUGCGACAACAAUGAGGUCUUGAAAGCCCUCUGUGUCGAAGCUGGUUGGGUCGUCCAAGAAGAUGGAACCACCUAUCGCAAGGGAUGCAACCCACCCCCAGCUGAGAUUGCAGGGACUUCAACAAACAUAAGUACUGCAUGUUCAUCACUCCAACCAAGCCCAACAUCCUCCUCCUUCCCAAGUCCAGUACCUUCUUACCAUGCCAGCCCCUCAUCAUCCUCCUUUCCGAGCCCCUCUCGUUUCGAUGGAAACCCUUCAUCCUACAUUCUCCCUUUCCUCCAAAACUUAGCCUCCAUUCCCACUUCUCUUCCGCCACUUCGUAUAUCCAACAGUGCACCGGUGACCCCGCCUCUUUCUUCCCCAACUUCGAGAGGCUCGAAGCCAAAACCUGAUUGGGAAUCGCUUUACAAUGGUUCAUUGCACUCAUUCUGCCAUCCCCUUUUCGCUGCCUCUGCCCCAGCGAGUCCCACCCGCCGCCACCAUCUCGCACCUGCCACAAUUCCGGAAUGUGACGAGUCUGAUGUCUCUGCUGUUGAUUCGGAUCAGUGGGUCAGUUUCCAGACGACGGCACCUCCAGCUGCCCCAUCUUCCCCUACGUUUAAUCUUGUAAACCCUUUGGCUAAGCAGAGUUCUAUCCGGGAUGCAGUUGAAGGGCAUGGAGAAUUGGGCUGGGGAGCUGCGGCAAAAAGGGGGCGUUGCUCUGAAUUUGAGUUCGAGAGUGGCACGGUGAAGGCAUGGGAGGGUGAGAGAAUACAUGAGAUUGGGGUGGAUGAUUUGGAGCUCACACUUGGGAAUGGAAAGGCCCGCGGUUAAGCUUCUUGUUAUUCGUAUGGGUCAUGAAACGUAAUAAGAAGUGCAAAGAGCUUUUAUCAUCUAUUCGAAUGAAGAGGUCACUCCAUUAUUAGGAGCCAAUUGUGUGGUAUUGCUCUAAGAUUUCUGGGAGAGACGUUGAUUUCAAAUUUGAUGCAUCGUAUAAUCUUCUCUCAUGGAGCCACUAUUCAAUUCAACUGGUGAAGAUCAGGUUUGGGGCAGGCUGUGUAGGACUGUGAUUCUCAAUAUUCAUGCAGUGGAACGACAGAAGCAAAUGAUCACGAGGUUAUGUUUAGAACUUUUUUCUUUAAAUCCUUAACUGAUAAUGGGACCAUGUUUAAAUUGUUAUUGCAAUGGCCUCCCAAUCUUCAUAUGCAGAGAUUGUGUGAUAUAUAUUAUUGAGGAUUUUGUAGACAGUGUGAAGAAACACAAACUCAAACCCUCAAGUUAGUUGAUGGUUAUUAAUAGGAUCUAUUUUCUGGCAUGCAA